CGGGACAGGCGCUGAGCUGCCCCUGCACAGCCCUUGCCUCCCCGCCGCGCUCUGCCCUGCGCUGAGCCAGCCCAGCUGCAGCUGCACGUCCUGACUGCGCGAUCCUGGGAUGGGACAGGACAAUUGCAAUCCCCAGCCUGGGGACCUGAUCGAGAUCGACCGGAGAGGUUACCAGCACUGGGCCCUGUACAUGGGGGAUGGAUAUGUCAUCCACGUGACAGAUGAAGGAGCCACAUCCUUUAUGCUUAGCAGCUCUUCAAUACGUGCCACAACGGCCAAGGUGAAGAAGGAGAUCCUGAAGGAUGUGGUGGGAAAUGAUAAAUGGCGUGUCAACAACAAGUAUGACCGCUACUGCACUCCUCGCCCUGUGGAGGAGAUCAUCCGGCGUGCUGAGCGAUGGAUUGACAGGGAGGUGGCAUAUAAUGUGCUUAACAGGAACUGUGAGCACUUUGUGACAAUGCUCCGCUACCGAAAAGAAGUCUCUGAGCAGGCCACAAAAGCAGUUAGCAGUGCUGCAGCUGGUGUAGCAGCUGGGGUUGCUGCUAGUGAACUGGGUCUGCCUGCUGUUGGUGUUGCUGCUGUUGCUGGCUUUGCUGUUAUUGCUGGUCUUGCUGCUGCGGCUGCUGGUGUUGCUCUUCUUAGGAUGACGUUGUACAGGAGCGCGUCCAGGAGAUAGUGAUAUUGACGGGCUGUCAGGAAGAGCUCAGAACAAGGCUGGGGGGAUCUCCUGGAAACCGCAGUCACUGGUCAGCUUUUGCUACACAUCCCUACAAGCCUUCCUAGGAACUGUGCUACCCUUGCUGUAAACAUUAAAUAAGCCUUAAUAAAAUAUCUGAAAUCCACAUUCAUAUUUCCCUGACAUUCUCCUUUAUCUAGUUGAGUGUAGCUUUGUUUGCCAGUUUAACAUUUUAGCCAUCCUUCUCCCUGCCAUCCCAGUAAGGAAUAACAAGUCAAGAUUGUCACCAUUCAAGGUGAUCCCCAGCAGCACUAGCCUGCUUGCCACGUGAGUUUUUAUUUUAGUGUGUUUGAUGGUAUUUGUGGUAGUCUGGGAGAAACUGCAAGCGAGUUAUUCAUUCCUUUCCCAUCCCACACACCUCCCCUCGAGGGGAGGGUUUGUUCAGCACGGAUGCAGACUUUUCUGCCUGUUUUGAUCAUCUAGCUCCUGUAGGCUCUUUCUGUGUAUCACUGAAAUAAAAAGGACUGCUGAGGGUUUA